AUGCUCUAUCGACUCUUGUUUCUUUAUUUCUCCGUUGUUCAUGCAGAACUGGAGAUGGUUCAAGUUCUCGUCAGACAUGGAGACAGAGCUCCAUCCUUCACUUAUCCAUUGGAUGAGCCAACAUUCGAAGUAUCCAAACACUUUCCACGUGGAUAUUCUCAGUUGACACAACGGGGAUUCAAACAAGCGAAAGAAGUCGGAACAUUCUUGAGAAGUCGCUAUUCGGGACUCGUGAAUCAAUUCAAUCGAAAAGAAACAUUGAUCAGAUCAAGUGAUAAAGAUCGGUGUAUUGAGACGGCAAUUGGAAUUACACAGACAUUAUUUCCGGAUGACAUUGUUCCAGUACACACUUUUUCACACUACAAACAUGAUUUGCUGCUGAAACCAAACAGUGUCCAUUGCCGUCGAGUUGAUGAAUUAGUGAAGGAUGAUAAGAAACAACUGACAACUUUGGUUGAUUCUGAACAUAAAGAUCUAUUUGCAUUCCUUUCUAAAAAGACUGGAUGGAAUUUGGAUGGUUCUAGAAUCUCUGACGUCUUCAAUGUUCUUCAUAGGAAGUAUUCAAAUGGAGUUCCUCAACCCGACUGGGUUAAUCUUGUUCUUUCAAAUGUUACCGAGUUGAAACGACAGUUCAGAAGUAUUGAAUUCAAUUCUGAUGAGAAAUCCAAAAUGAGAACUGGCUAUCUUCUCGGACAAGUCACAAAAGACAUGAAUGAACAGAAAGAAAGUGGACGGAAGCUCAUUGUAUAUGCUACACAUGAUGCUACAGUAACCUCAAUGAUGUAUAGUUUGGGAAUAUCGGAUCACCAAUUAGUCCCAUAUACUGCUGCAUUGAUUGUGGAACUUCAUUCUAUCAAUCAGAGAAAAUAUGUGAAGAUUCUCUACCGUAACUCCACAUUAUCAAAUCCUCGCGAGAUGCGUCUUCCUGGAUGUGAUAUUCUUUGUCCGAUGGAAGCUUAUCACCGUUUUGUAUCAGAUCGUAUUGUUGCAAACAAAGAAGAACACGACGUCAUCUGUCAAAACCACAUCUUCAGAGAAGCACCUCAAACGAAACCGUUCGAUAUCUCAUCACUUCAAAAACUACUUCCCGAAGAAGAUAAUCUCUUCUCAACCUUAAUUACUGUCGGAUCUCUCUCCUAUUUCGAUCUCUAUUCUAGCUUGAAAAUGAAACAUUGA